AUGGAAAUCCUCCACCAACUGGGAGAUCUCGCCGGCUUUCUUGAUACCAAUGAUACCUUGAGGAUCCGCAACCUGCAAGUAGAUGGUUUGUCUGGCUGGUGGAUAGGCCGGGUCAAUAACGGAGAAAGUUGCGCCUGCUUUCAAAACACCCAUAACUGCAACCAUAAGGUCGACUCCUCUAUAAGCGUAGAUCAUCACAACGUCGCCUCUCUUAAUUCCUGUCUUGACAAGGUAGUUACCGACAACGUUGGAGGCCUCAUUAAUCUGUUUGUACGUGAAAACACGAUCCUUUGCACCCUCUUGCAGGAACGAGGCAGUCUCAACCACACAGGUUCUGUCUGGAUGCUUGUCUGCAUUAUCGCUGAAGAUGUCCUGAAUGGCACCGCGGAAAUUACUCCAGUCGAGAUCUAUGGUGGGGUCUGCUUUCCGUUCGAAUCAUGGACGAACACGGCGAUGUCUCUGACGGAUCCAGCAAUCGACGACGACAGCUGCUCUGUUGCGCUCUUGUGUUGGAAGGAGAGUCUGAACAAUGGAGGAGGAGCGUCCAAUUUUUUGGAUUUCUGGAGGUUGAGUGCAAUCUCCGUUAAAGGAACAAGGUUAUCUGAUCCCUUGGAGUACGUUUCGGAAACCAGUUUCGAAAACGAGGCAAACGAGCUCUUUGGGUCAAUAUCCACUCUCACCACAAAGGCGUCUCCGGAUUCGGUAUUUGUGGCCACCACAAUAUCGUCAUCACCGGUAAGUCUAUAG